ACCUGGGCCAGGCCGGUGUGACGUUGCCCGCCCACGCCUGGGCAAUCGCCAGGAUGUUUCUAGCCGGCGUGUGGUGUUUGUUAGGGGUACCGGGAACAGGUGCCGCGGGGGCGGUGCGAGAGGCGGUGCCUUCGCUUCCGGUUCCGGCCUCGGCUCUGCUCAGGCUUCGAGAAGGCGGGGAAGAUGCUGCAGGCACCCAGCGGGCGGGCGGGGGCCGCAUUCCUGAAACUCGCGUUUGCGGCGCGUACCAUGGCUGGAGAGCCCAAGGUCUCGCUCCCUGAGCUCCGUUCGCUCCUAGCUUCAGGCCGGGCCCGGCUCAUCGACGUGAGAUCUCGGGAGGAGGCGGCAGCUGGGACCAUCCCUGGGGCGCUAAACAUCCCGGUGUCAGAGCUGCAAAGUGCCCUGCAGAUGGAGCCAGCUGCUUUCAAGGCUUUGUACUCCGCAGAGAAGCCAAAACUGGAAGAUGAGAAUCUCAUUUUCUUCUGUCAGAAGGGCAAGCGGGGCUUGCAGGCCACGCAGCUGGCCCGAGGCCUUGGAUACAAAGGGGCUCGCAACUACGAAGGGGCCUAUAGUGAGUGGUUCCAGAAAGAAGGUUAGGUAGAAGGUGGCUUACUGAAUGCUCCCUACCCCCUGCCCACAGCCACCUUAACUAAGAGUGAUGAAGGGGCUGACUUGUUGGGUUGGGCACCGAAAGCAACAAAUAAAGAGUGUU